AACAAGGCGUAUAUACAUCCCGAAGCUGACUCUCCUUUCACCAUUAACGCUCCCUUACACGCUAACACUUCACCUUCUUUCUUUCCCCAAACACCUUGAGUACUUUGGUCAGAUAUAUUAUUCCCCUCUCCCAUUUCCGCUUCACUACACACAACAAACAGCUACUGUACAAUCUGAUCAUGUGAACCACCGUAGCUUUCUACCUUUGCUUGUCGCCUACACUGUGCAACCCUGUUUUAGUAUUAUUGUAGCUGUUCGUUCUUUCUUUGAUCCCUUUCUACCUUUCCUCGAAGCAGGUGCAUGGCUGACCGAGCUUCGGACAUGCACCGCCAUCCCCACGUGGGCAGCCGGCCGCCCCCACCCGAGCAGCAGCGGCCGCUUCCGCGUGAGCAGGGAGGCAAUGCGGCGCAGCUCGAGGGGCAGCGGAGUGACCCGCGGAUGAGGAUGGAGCGGUCUGCUCCCCGGAAGCACCCCAGCUACCGCGGCAUCCGGUACCGGAGCGGGAAGUGGGUGUCGGAGAUCCGCGAGCCGCGCAAGGCCAGCCGCAUCUGGCUGGGCACGUACCCCACCGCCGAGAUGGCUGCCGUGGCCUACGACGUGGCCGCUUACGCGCUCCGGGGCCGGGACGCCGUGCUGAACUUCCCCGAAGAGAUCGCAUCUCGUCCCGUGCCGGCCUCGGCCUCCCCCGCCCAUAUCCGCAUGGCGGCGGCCGAGGCAGCCGCUUCGCUGAUGCCGAGGACGGGAGCGGGCGACGGCAGUACGGCCGCUUCGCAUCAUCAUCAUCAUCAGCAGCAGCAGCAGGUCGGAAGCCACAGCGGGUCAUCUCCGGGCACGGAGGGGCAAUAUGUAGAUGAGGAGGAGAUAUUCGACAUGCCCCAGUUGUUGGUGAACAUGGCGGAGGGGAUGCUGAUGAGCCCACCAAGGCUGAGCCCGCAUGGCUCCGAGGACUCGCCGGAGGCCUCGGAGGGGGAGAGCUUGUGGAGUUAUCCUUAGAGAUAUGGUGCAGGAGCUUAGCAAGCGGUAGAAUAAAAGAGACGAUCGCAGUACUGUUGUCAUCUACAUUCAUAUAUAUUGC